UACUGUUUCAUUUUAAAGAGGUACUAUGUUCUAAAACCUCUUUGCCUUCAACUAAAAACACUUAAUUGUAAUUUGAUUUAGACUUUUGCUGUGGAAGACAUUGAUCGACAAGAUAUGGAAUACAAUUACUUUAAUCAGCAUCCAUUAUUUUGAUGUGCUAAUGUUUAAUGUCAUGACUACUGUGAUUGAUAACCAACCGUACAACUGCAUCAGAACACACAUCCAUGGAAAUGUACUAUUUGCCCUCUUCACAUUUAGUAUGGUGACCAGAAGCCCCUUUGGCUGUUUUCCACAGACGAGGAUGAGAACUUGCUGAACUUGACCUAUGAGUAUGAGAAGCAGUGUAAGGUGGCAGCAGGCCGGGUGAAGAAGCGAGUCAUAACCACAGUGAUAAAUAGUGAGGGGAGGCUUGUCCUGGCACACCGGUUCUUCAAGCCACUUCCUCCUCCACAGGAAGUUGUACUGGACACCCCCGACAAUAGCAUGUCUGUUCUAGAGAGGGUGGCAGCCUUCGUGUCCCUGAUUCCCACCUUGUCCUUCCCAUCUGACGUUGGUGACAGUGGGGAGAUGUGGCUCACCUCAGAGCAAUGCUUGGAGCUGGCUAUGGGAAACGAUGUCAGUUUGGCAGUUCUGCUGUGCAACUUCUUUCAUGACCUGACGGUAAAUGGGUGGCUUCUCCUGGGAACAUCGGUCAUAGAGGGAGAGACCGCCUAUGUCCUUACUCAGGAGAACACUUGGUUUGUGUUGUGGAACCCCAGAGAUGGGAAGCACUACCAGUCAUACGACUCCUUCUGUCCUCUAAAGACUGUCGACUGUCUGGUCAAUGGUGAAAAUGUGUGGUUCCAUCUCCAGCCAACAAGAAAGAUGCCCAUCACUUUCGACGUAUCAAAUAACGCCACAUGGAAACCCUUAUUCCCCAAAGGAUUCAACUCAGACUCCUCAAUGCCAACAGAAAUUAAAUACCGUCCCACUCAAAUAGAUCUGGUCUAUCACCUUCAAAGAAGGAUGGAGAUGAAACUGAAAAGUUGUGUGAUGGACUGGAGAAACCCCCACCCUACACGCUGGAGCCCCCGCUGUGCAGCCAUGCUCUCUGAGGUCAUGCAGAAGCUUGAGAGGAACCCAGCCUCUGACACAAUAGCGCUAGAGAUAGACAGGCUGCUGGACACCAUGAAGGAUUACAAGGUGACUGGCUUCCCCAUUCAUAUGGCCUACCAAGACAUGAGCACAGUGAUCGAGGCGGUCUACAACACCAGAAUCCACAGCACUGAGAUCCCUGGGACAGAGUUUGCUCUCUCCACCUACAUCCACCCAUACCCCAACCACAUCCUGUCGGUGUGGAUAUUCCUGGCAACGCUGGUCAAACACCAGCAUGGCGUGUUCUAUGUUCCUUCAGUACACCAGCACUGAGACACCCUGGAAGGGACUACCUGGAACCCUUUUUAUGUUUGAGGUUUUUUUGCAUGCCCGUAUGAACAAAAUCUCGGCCUUUCGGGGUCAGCUUUUCCUAGUCGUUUUUCUACUGUGGGAAAGGAAUGCAGAGUGAUUCAGACCAAUUGAUUGAAUCCACAAACUUGUACAUAGUAAAUUAAUGGAAAUACUCUACAAUAAAAAUUGUCCAUAAAUAUGCCAGCAACAAGAACCUAUAUUUGUUAAACCCUUGAUUAGCACAUAUCCGGUAUGUUUUCAAGUUCACAAAAAUGUUUUAGGCAAUAUUUGUUGAUGUAUGCAUAAAGCCUUAUAGGCCAAUUGAUAGACAUACUACUGGCAUUAGGAGUAUGCCAA